UGGGGGCCAGGGGUGAGAAGCAUCACAAAUAUGCAACUUUUCCAUUUAUUUCAUCAAAAGAUGAUUAUGAGUAUGAAACGUCAUAAUCGUUGGUAAAGCUUAACUUCUCAUCCUUCCAACUGUUGGGUUUCAUAGUACUUUAAGGAGCUAAUUCCGGAAACCAAGAAACAUUGUCCCGUUCAAUCACCAACAUUAUGUUAGUUUUAAUAAAAUUCAUCACCCAAAAAGCUCCUUGUUGGUUCCAAUUUCAUCUUUUGCUUUUUUGAAUCAAAGGAAGACCUCGGCACAUUUUUUGAAACAUAAAGAACACAGGUACCCACCUAUCUCCUGCAAAAUCUAGAUGAUAUACCCCUCUCUCCUAAUUGAUUUAUGAUCAAAAGAAUCAAUCUUGUUUCCUUCUCCUUUUUGUUUCUCUCGGGGGUUUUUGAAUUUUAUUCAUUGGUGUAUCCGAGUUGAGUUUAUUUUACAUCGUCCUUGGGUUUGCACCCCAGAUGUUUGUUGUUUUGCCACUGAGAGUGACAUUGUUGAUACAAGGAGAGCUCGAUCUGGGUUGAUCACAUUACCAUAACUUUCCUUAGAUAUCAUACAUAUAUCUAAAUUAGGAGAUAAUGAGCAAAAUCCUUGUGCGCAUUUUGAAGUCCGUGGAAUCAAAAGUCAGGAAAUCACAAACAUCCGCGAAGAAAAGGGCAAUCAGCAUUUUCACAACAAUGUCCGUCGCCCAUGUCGAUGACGAGGUUAGCGAUGCAGAAGUUUACAACACUGAGAAGCUCUUCUGUAAUGGCGACAUCUAUAUCGGUCAGUGGGCUACUGAUACCCCUCAUGGAAACGGCAAAUACUUAUGGUCCGAUGGGUGUAUGUACUUAGGCGACUGGAAUAACGGGAAAAUCCAUGGAAAAGGUAAAUUCAGCUGGCCUUCUGGUGCUUCUUACGAGGGUGAUUUCAGGAAUGGUUACAUGGAUGGAGAAGGUACUUUCACAGGCUCUGUAAACGAUUCUUAUAAAGGAUCUUGGGUUAUGAACAAAAAGCAAGGAAAAGGGACAACAAAUUAUGCAAAUGGAGAUCAUUACGAAGGGGAAUGGAAAAAGGGAUUCCAUAAUGGACAAGGGAGGUAUCGUUGGGAGAAUGGGCAUCAGUAUAUAGGUCAAUGGAAGAAUGGGAAAAUGAACGGGAAUGGAACCAUGAUGUGGGAGAAUGGGAAUCGGUAUGAUGGGAGUUGGGAAGAUGGAUUACCAAAAGGGAAUGGGACAUUCCAUUGGUUGGAUGGAAGUUUCUAUGCUGGAAUCUGGAGUCGGGAUCAAAAAGAACAAAGUGGGAAAUUUUAUCCAUCGACUUCACAAGUUCCUCAUGAUGAUUGGGAUCCACAUCAGCUUUUUUCAGUUGAGAUGGGUGAAUGUUUGAUUUGUGAAGGCGAAAACAUUGUGAUUUUUCCUUCUGAUAAGUUGUUUUAUUGGUCUAAUAAUGAGGAAGGAAUGCCUCAAAAUCCAACAACAACAACAACAAGGGGAAUUGAUACGAAUGGGAAUGGUGGAAAUGGGUAUUUGGGCGGGUCGUUGAAGAUCCGAAUGCAACCUGCAAAGAGGCAAGGAGUUACAAUAUGUAAAGGGCAUAAAAAUUAUGAGCUUAUGCUCAAUCUACAGCUUGGUAUAAGACAUUCUGUAGGAAGGCCAGCUCCAACAAAAUCUUUAAAAUUGAAGCCUACAGCUUUUGAUACCGAGCAAAAGUUAUGGACAAGAUUUCCUCCCGAGGGAUCAAAACAUACGCCACCUCACCAGUCAUGUGAAUUUAAAUGGAAAGACUAUUGCCCGUUGGUAUUCAAGACUCUUAGGAAACUAUUUAAUGUGGAUCCAGCUGAUUACAUGUUAUCAAUAUGUGGAAACGAUGCUCUUCGGGAGCUCUCAUCUCCUGGAAAAAGCGGAAGUUUUUUUUAUUUGACUCACGAUGACAAGUACAUGAUCAAGACAAUGAAAAAAUCGGAAGUUAAAGUUUUAAAAAGAAUGCUUCCAGCAUAUUUUGAGCACGUGAAGUCGUUUGAGAACACACUUGUUACAAAAUUUUUUGGAUUACAUUGUGUGAAGUUAAGUGGGCCCAUACAAAAGAAGGUGCGAUUUGUUAUCAUGGGAAAUUUGCUAUGUACUGAAGUUCCUAUUCAUAGACGCUAUGACUUGAAAGGUUCUUCACAUGGGCGAAUAACAGAUAAACCAGAAACCGAAAUUGAUGCAAACACAACACUUAAGGAUCUUGAUCUUAAAUUUAUUUUUCGGUUGCAAAAAGAUUGGUAUCACGAGUUUUGCAGUCAAGUGAACAAGGAUUGUGACUUUCUUGAACAAGAGAGAAUUAUGGAUUACAGUCUGUUGGUUGGUAUUAGCUUUCAAGAACCAAAUAGGCAAGCACCUGAAGUGAAUGCUGAUGCUGAUAGCAAUGGAACAACUCCUAGCCUUUCAACAGACAUGGAUUCUCUUAUCAAUCCUACAAAGUGUAGUUGUUUACGGUUAGGAAUUAAAAUGCCAGCACGCGUUGAAUUCACGGUGAGAAGUAAUGACACGCAGCUAGUUGGAGAACCGACAGGACAAUUUGGUGAUGUCAUCCUUUUCUUUGGAUUUGAGAAUAAAGAAAGAACCGGUAGGCGUCAAAUGUAUAGUUGGUCAAGAGUAUAUGAUAUUGGCCAUGUUUAUUUUCUUCUUGAGUUACUAAAAUCUACAAAUCGGAGAUGGGUUCGUGUUCAUGAAUUGAGUUUGUUUCGGAUCGUAGCAGGAUUUUGCACCCCAUCUGUUUGUUACGCAACGUACAGCUUAUUAAUUAUGAAUUAUGAUCUUAUGCUCAAAAUACAGCCUGGUAUAAGACAUUCUGUAGGAAGGCUAGGUCCAACCGAAUCUAUAAAACUGAAGCCUACAGCUUUUGAUACCAAGAAAAGGUUAGGGACAAAAUUUCCUUCUGAGGGAUCGAAACAUACGCCACCUCACCAGUCAUCUGAAUUUAUAUGGAGAGAUUAUUGCCCCUUAGUUUUCAGGGCUCUUAGGAAACUAUUUAAUGUGGAUGUGGAUGAUUACAUACUAUCAAUAUGUGGAAAUGAUGCUUUUCGGGAGCUCUCAUCAACGAGGAAAGGUGGAAGUUUCUUUUACUUGACUCACGAUGACAAGUACAUGAUCAAGAUAAUAAAAAAAUCAGAAGUUAGAGUUCUAAACAGAAUGCUUCCAGCCUAUUUCGAGCACGUGAAGUCGUUUGAGAACACACUUGUUACAAAAUAUUUUGGACUACAUUGCGUGAAGUUAAAUGGGCCCAUACAAAAGAAGGUGCGGUUUGUUAUCAUGGGAAAUUUUCUAUGUACUGAAGUACCUAUUCAUAGACGCUAUGACUUGAAAGGGUCUUCACAUCUGGGAAUAACAGAAAAACCAGAAACCGAAAUUGAUGCAAACACCACACUUACGGAUCUUGAUCUUAAAUUUAUUUUCCGGUUGCAGAAAGAUUGGUUUCAAGAGUUUUGCAGCCAAGUGAACAAGGAUUGUGACUUUCUUGCACAAGAGAGAAUUACAGACUACAAUCUAUUGGUUGGUAUUAGCUUUCAAGAACCACAUAGGCAAGCAGCUGAAGUGAAUGCCACGCAUGAUAGCAAUGGAACAACUCCUAGCCUUUCAGCAGACAUGGAUUCUCUUAUAAAUCCUAUAAAGUAUAAUUGUUUACGACUAGGGAUUAAAAUGUCAGCACGCAUCGAAUUCACUGUGAGAAGCAAUGACAUGCACCUAGUUGGAGAACCAACAGGACAAUUUGGUGAUGUCAUCCUUUUCAUUGGAAAACCCGUAGGCGUCUAA